AUGGACGAGAGAUUGUUAGCAAAUAUUGAUCCGAUGGAAAUGGACAGUACUGGAGUUGCUAAAGUAUCAGCACACAUUGACCAGAUGACUGCCUCCCACGAUACAGUCGAGACUAUUCCUAGCUCAUGGCAAGAAAGAUCCCACGCCUUCUUUCGGUGGAUAUACACACCAUUGGGGGCUUGCAUCACAAUUUACGGUCUGAAUGUGGUCGCAUGGGGCGGAAUGCUCUUCCUUUUAAUGUGCAACGCUGCGCCCGCAAUGUGCCAUCCAAGUUGCGAUAGCAUUGACUCAUCACGUCGCAUUUGGAUUGAAAUCGAUUCGCAAAUCUUAAACGCCCUUUUCUGCGUCACUGGACUUGGCUUGGCACCGUGGCGUAUCCGUGACCUUUACCAAUGGUCUUUCUGGCGAUUGGGCCGGUCGGAAGAGAGUCGACGAAAAGGGCUCGAUCGCCUUGCUGAGAUCCAUAAGAACUGGUUCCUGAGAUCUCAAGAGCUGACUCUGCUUCCUAUAAAAGCCCAACAGCUGCAUCUAGCUGAACAGGCCACGCCCACCCCGUUGUGGAAAAUAGAUGUUGUGGUAUGGGGUAAUAUCCUUAACACGGUUUUUCAGAUCUGUUUGGCUGUUUGUAUGUGGGCGAUGAAUCGCUUCAACCGACCAAGUUGGACAACUGGUCUUUUUGUCGGACUUGCUUGUGCUGUUGCUGGAGUUGCUGGGAUUUUGAUGUGGUUGGAGAAAAGACGUGUUAGGAAAGCCAACGAGCACCCCGGUGCUCUUCUUUUGAUUCCUCGUGCUACGCAACCAAUUUUACCAGAUAGAAGGGGCGGCAAGUAUAGCUCUAACCCGCAAUCGUAA